CUCUGCUCUCAGAAGUACUUGGACGAUAAAAGCGGGAGUAACACAGUUCGGUUUUAGUUGCAUUUACCAUCUUGAACAUCAGGGCCAUUUCAUGAAGCAAAGACAGACCAGCAAUGAAGCACGAUCGCAUGUGUGGCAGUCGAUGUCUGGGUCCGAUGACUUUCAGUGUGGACCUGACAGGCCAACACGUGACCCUCAGCCAAGAAGGACAACUCGCGUCCAGAGACCCCUCGUCCUUUAUGAACGGUUUGGCAUUUCUCAGCCGCACUGUAAAGGUGGAUGAAAAGCUGUGUAUACGUAUUGAGGACCGCACCUCGUUGUGGGAUGGAGCUCUUCGUGUGGGUUUCACCAGCGUCUGCCCACAGAGAACCAGUUUACCACCUGCCUCAAUACCAGACCUCAGGAACACACGGGGAUACUGUGUUGUGCCAGUGCCUGAGGACUUGUGUAGGUGUGGUGUACAGCUUCAGUUCUGGAUAAACUAUGCAGGCAUGGUUAUUGUGCAAGAGAUAGGUGGGGAGAAAUAUUACCUCAAAGCAGAAGGACUGAACCUGAAUAAUCCGCUGUGGGUUUUCAUUGAUCUGUACGGGAGCACAAGCGCCGUCCGCCUUCUGAGAUCAAGGAGGGGCAAUCGAACAUCAUGCCCGGUUUUUCGGCUAGUGAGAGCACUUGAGCGACAAACAUCAGAGGAAGAGCAUAGCUAUAACCACAAAACAGAAGCCAGAAAGGUCCAGAAAACAUCAUCUUACUGGAAAGCGAAUCUCUUCCUUGUACAGUAUGCCAACCAGACGACCAUCCCAAGCCCCCGAGAAUGUUUAGAACUCACAAGAGCUGGUUUAGGCGUACCUGUUCAGGAGUCAAGAGGGGUAGAUCUACACUGGACUUGGCAAGAGCUGAAACAGUUCAUUUGCUCCAGAUAUCCUUUGGUCGACCUGGAUGUGAUUGGUUUCCAGUUUGCGAAGGCUGAUAAGCAUGGACGACUUUGCAGAUUACAUGCAAACACUCUGAGGAAAAUAAAAAAGGAGCUGGCUGACAACAUACUUUAUAUAGUUCCUCAGACAGACAUUGUUCUAAAUGAGAUGAUCACGCACACAUUAUCAUCAUUCAUGAAUGCAAAUGCUUUCACACAAUCACGUUCUCCUCCACCUGUUCCUGAACAACAGAGGCACCGGCUGACUUCAGCCAGCAGUUUUCUUUCAGAUUCAAGCCGAAACUCUUCAAUGGAGGACAUGGACUUUAGCUCUUUGCUCAGAGAGUUCCAGCACAUGCAUCUAAGUGGCAGCGAGCACGUUUCAGUAUUGGUUUCUCGUAACAAGGUGCUGCAGAGUGCUAAAGAAAAUUAUGUUUCCAACUCUAAUUUCCCUUGGACCAAAAUCCCUCUCGUGACAUUUGUUGGUGAGGAAGCCCUUGACUGUGGAGGUCCACGGAGAGAGUUUUUCAGAAUCUUGAUGAUGGAGGUGCAGAGCUCGCUGGGCAUCUUUGAGGGGCAGCCUGGACACUUAUUCUUCACCUAUGACCAGAUGGCCUUGGAGGAACACAAGUAUGAGUUGGCGGGGAAGCUGAUUGCGUGGUCUGUGGCUCAUGGCGGCCCAGGACUCAAGUCUCUUGACCACUGCCUGUACCAGCUGAUGUGCACCCAGGAAUGUCAACUGGUAGACUUUGACUGGCACCUAAUACCAGAUGCUGACAUUCAGGACAAACUACAAAAGAUUUCAUCAUGCAAAACGAUGGCAGAUCUCCAGAGGCUGCAGACAGAGCAGGGUGACUGGAUCUGUGAAUGUGGUUUCCCUGGAAUAUACAGACGUGAAAUUUCCAUUCAAGAUGUGCCAAAGAUUUACUCCUUUGCAGUUCGACACUACAUAUAUCUCUUUUUUAUUAUCUGA